UUGCGGACUGUGCUGUCUCCAUGGUCGAUGAGAGGAAAGGCUAGUGCAAGGGAGAAUAACCCCAAGGACUGAGCACCAACCCAAGGGAAAAGGUUUAGAAUAGUCCGCUUCUGCAAAUAUGGAUGAUCUAAAGCACCAAGUUAUGAUAAAUCAGUUCGUCCUGACUGCUGGAUGCGCAGCAGACCAAGCGAAACAGCUUCUACAAGCGGCACAUUGGCAGUUCGAGACUGCAUUAAGUGCCUUUUUUCAAGAAACCAAUAUUCCAUACAGUCACCAUCAUCAAAUGAUGCACACUCCAGCCAACACACCAGCAACACCUCCCAACUUCCCAGAUGCCCUGGCCAUGUUCUCCCGCCUCAAGGCCUCAGAGAGCUUCAACGGCAGCAGUCCCAUAGCCUCCAUGGCGACCUCUCCUCCUCAGGUCAACUGGGCCAUGGGCCCUUCUGCUCCAGGUCAGACCCAGCAGGGCCUGUGGACUUCUGGGCAGCUGCCCUCUCAGGUGCCUCCCCCUGGGUGGCCCCAAGCCGUCACUCAGCAGGACUCCAGUGAACAGGCCAGCGUCACCAUGGAGGCAGAGAGAUGAGAGCACUGCAGGGGCCUCGCGAUAACAAGAGGAACCAAUAUCGGGCAGUCCUCUUUGACAAAAUGAGAAAUGAAUUGGCUGCAAGGGAAAGCAGAAAACCAAGCGAUGUUGUGGACAUGCACUGAGGACAGAAAGGAGGAAUUAUGAGCAUACAGCUGAUGAACAUUCACAUGACCCCACAUUGUAAAAUCUGCAGACUAUUUUAGUUAGGCAUAUGUUUCAUUUUUUUUCAUUGAUCUGAAACCAGAGACAAAGAUGGACUUGUAUGACUAGUGCCGAAGACGGAUCUUCUUGUUGUACACACCGAUGUGUAUGACAGUGUCAUCAUCUUUCCUUUGUCUUUCUGGAGUGGUGUCAAUGGACUGGAUGCCUUAUAUACUGGGGGUGCACUGCAUAAAUAACAUCAUUCUUCUUUAUUUUUUUAACCAGUGUAAGUGUGUGAAUAUCAUGUGUUCUACUAUUCUAAUGUGCUUAGAAACCAACUUGGAUCUGUUUUUCAAACAUUGGGUAAUGACUUUGACUGUCCCACUCACACAAUCAAGGAACACCAGCUAUCCAACUAUGUUUAAUAAGCAACUUUACGAACUGCUCCUCUUUAUAUACAGUGUUUCUGUCUGCAUUGAAUGCUAAAGGAUGUUAUACUUCAAUCAUGGUUCAGUGUUUUUUGUAUGAUUUUGUUUUCAGCCACUAGUGUUCAGAGGAAAAGUGAGAUAAAUGUUUCUGUCAGAGUGAGACAUCUUGCUUGAUAUUUCAGCUGUGCACCAUCUCUAAGUAGCAGACAGAUAGUUUUUGAUACAGCGUUGUCGUUGCUUAAGAUGGAAAUCAGCAUAUUAGGGGAAAAUAAUAAAGAGGGAAAAUAUAUUUGAAAAAAUAUAGAUUUAAAAAAGAAAAAUAAUAAGAAAAAAACAGCAUAUCUGGUGAUGCUGUCUCAGGAACUCUCGGCUCAAAAAUGUUUCAUCUAGGCACCUGAUCAUCUUUUUUAUUUUGUACAAUGGAAUGAAUAUUGCAAUUGAAAGGAACUGAUAAAUUYAGGGAAGGCCCCAUCCAAACGUUUUCUAUUCUACGAUCUGUUAAUCUGAUAAUCACACUCUAGUUUUGCUUUGCACAUCGGUUAAUCUGAACACGCCUGUUCCUCGACGUUUUCCAUGAGACAGCUACCACAACAAUUUUGUGGAUUACCAGACAAUUAACUUAAUUAUUUUGUGUUUCUGAAUAAAUAUUGUAUGUAUUACACUGCAUUAGAUCUUGAAGUCUGACUAUGUAUCAAAUGGACAUGGGACUCUAAUGGAACUAUAACCCACAACAUCCUGUGUUCUUUUAGUAUUUUCCAGAUGGCAGAUUAUUUCUCAGUGGAUGUUGAGUCCAGUGAGUUGGUAUGACGCAAUCUUCAGUCACACACAUCACAUCAAGGAGAGAUACACUGUUUGAAAACCAGGGGAAAUGUGAAAUGGUCUAAACAGAUGAAUGUUUGGCCUUCUCUCUCUAUCCUUGGAUUAAUGAAAAACCUCAGAGCAGAMUGAGGAGGAGAUGUUGAGUCAGAGACUGUUUAUCCCACACUACAAGGACAGGGACAAGCAGAGACCAAACAGUGCUAUGUUAUGCCCACUUCCUUGUCUAUGUGGUACAGAUUUGUUUUUGUAUGACAAACCUUUUCACCCCACUGUACUUUCCCCCAUCUGCUUAGGAAAUCAGCUCUCCCCAUUUGAUAGACUUUGUCUUCGUUCAUGUUAUCCCCUGUGUAUGCUAUUCAACUUCUCUCUAUUUUGA